UCCUCCAAUCAGGAGCGCUUCCUGUCAGGAUCGGAUGGAGGAUUAUGUUCAUGCUGAACAAGACAGAUCUGAUUGUCUAACGAUAAUGUAUGUGUAAUGUAAAUAUGUGUCAUGUAACAUCAGAUUCCGACGCGACAGGAAGAGUUUAGUGAAACCAGUGAAUGACUUCCGUAGCGGGAUCCGCGCACAAUUAUAAACGUUAUAACGAUAUUCGGCGAUCCGUCGUACUGUAACAUUAUUAUUUAGGAAACGUGUAGCAGUUUGGUGAAUAACGGGGUUUAAUAUGACGGAAACCGUGUUGACGCGGAGCUGUAAAGUCACUUUGAUCGCCGGUUUCACACUGCGUUAAAGCUAAUGCUAAUGCUAAUGCUAAUGCUGGAUUAAACACGGCUUCUCCUGAAGAGUCAAACAGCGACGCGUUAGUGAAUAAGCGGGAAAAACUUCAGCCGUUUCUGUGCUGCUCCGAUGGCGAACGGACGCUGAAGCGGUUCGUGUGACGGUAAACACCGCAGUGACACCGGAUCCGCGCGCACGGCGAUGAGCCCUCAGAAGAAGAUGAAGAAGAGGAAGGAGCUGAACGCCCUCAUCGGCCUGAGCGACAGCAGCCGCAAGAAGAGCAAGCAGAGCUGCGGACACCGACUGCUGCGGACCGAACCGCCCGAGACCGGAUCCGAGUCCAGUUCGGAGGAGCAGGAGUUCGGCGGCGGCGGCAGGAGCGGCCUGUUCGGGAAAAGCUCGGUGCAGUGCUGCUCGCUCUGUUACCCGCUGUGCGUGUUCAUCGUUCUGGCGGCGUGUGUCAUGGCCUGCGCCGGACUCAUAUGGAUGCAGAUCGCCCUCAAAGAGGACCUGGACUCCAUGAAGGAGAAGAUCCACAUCAUGGAGACCAGUCAGAAGCUCUCGUCGCAUGAGAUACUGAAGCUCAGUGAGGAUCUGAAGGCCAAACAGAUGAAACUGGACGACAUGGAGAGCGGAGACAAAGGCCUGGCCAAACUCUGGUCCAAUCUGAGCGAGAUCAAUCAGAAGCUCAGCGCUCUGGAUUCUGCUGUGAAUCACCUGAAGGCCAACAUCAAAUCCGCUUCAGAUCUGAUCGCGCUGCCGAGGACGGUGGAGGAGCUGCAGAAGAGCGUGGCCACCAUCGGCAGCACCGUCACCAGCGUCCAGCACGACGUCACCAUGAUUCAGUCUGUCGUGGAAGAGAGAAGAAAAGGAGAAGAUCAGCUGAAGGACACUAAUGGAGAGAAACCUGUGAACGGCAGCAGCUGUGUGACACUCAAACAGGACCUGCAGCAUCUUCAGGACGGUGUGAAGGAGUUGAACGGUUCUCUGAUGCUCCACGAGUCGUGGUCGAGUGAGCAGAUCCAGAGCGUGCGAUUCGUGCUGUCCAAUCUGAGCAGAUGGGUGUCGGCGCUGGAGCAGAGCUCCUCGGGAGACACGCAGCCGACGGCCACCCGCCCGCUCCAGGCGCUCCAGACCACUGCAGACGCCGCCGACGCCGGUUCCUCGCCGUCCCGCCGCCCCAGGUUUCUGUCCCGCAGACGUUACAAACGAGAACAGACAUCCUCCCGCAGGACCGCGCUGAUUCACGGCGUCGAGUCUGAGAGCGAUGUGGAGCAGCUCCUGCGCGGCCGCUCGUCUCUGACCUCUGAGGAGCUGAAGGAGGCGUUGGGUUCAGAAGCUCCAGACUCCAGCCUCCUCGCGCCCUACGACGCGGACGGGGACGGCCUGUAUUCGCUGGAGGAGCUGCAGGCUGGUGAGGUCAGUCCUGAUCCGGAGCGUCAGUGAGGACGAACAGAGCGUCCCGUUCACUGCACUGAUUCACUGAUUCUCUCACGCGAGCGGUUUACGCACUGACUGACCUCAGAGUCGCUCCUCACGCAGUCCGUGUGUUUGUUCUGCUCAGUCGAGUUUGACCAAGCAGCUUGAAACCCUUAAUGUGACCCGUAACCUGCCGGAUCAUCACACCAUCUCACCCGCCGCUCGCCGCUUUGAUGUUUCGGACUCCUUCAUCUCAGAUAAGAGUGAAUCUCUCACACCUGUCAGGAACAGGCGUAAAUCAGCACAAAAUCAGAGCAAUUAUAUUUUACCUGAAGACAAUGAAGCCGGGUGUAAGACGUUUUGCAUUGUGACGUUGUUUUAAUGCAGUUUUAAGUUUGAAUCUGAUUCCUGUAAUGAAUAAAUCAUGCUAGUUUUUGUUGUACUGCUGAUUUAAAUCAAUCUUUGUUUUUCAAAAUAAUACAGUAAACUGACAUAUUACUGUGAUGAGAUUCACCAGUUAGAGGCGCUCAGCGUGCUUAUUUUACAGCAAUUAAUGUCACAUUACAGUCUUAAUAAAAACAGGCUUCGUUUUCUUUGACAAAUACUCCCACGAUUCUCAGUGAACUGACCUGAUUCCACGAGAUUCACUCUUAUAUAUUUAAAUAAUUCUCUGUCUCAGAAGUGAUUUUGAAGUCUGUAUAAACGGAGGGAAAUGAAGAUUAAUUUAAGCUACAUUACUGUCAGAUCUAGCAAUAAUAUGAUCCAUACAAUUGCUUUUAGUGAAUAUAAUCAUCAGAUAUUUAAGCUAGUAUAAUGCAGUGCACUUGGCUGCUUGUCUUUUAUCAGAUUUUGUUUUUAAUUUAAAGUAACGUUCAGCACAUCUGAGGGUCACGGCUCGAGCAUUUCUGACCUGUAGAUGAAGAGCGCGAGGAUUGAGAUGAUGAAUGUUCAUGUGUGUAUAUAUCUCCAUCUGUAUUUCUGGGUUCAGUGUGAAUGUUUCUCAGCUUGUGUUGCUCUGCAGACGUGAAGGACUCGCAGACGCUUCACUCGCAGCCCUUUGGAAAUAAUAACGUCUCACAAACUUUACUGUCGCUUUAUGAAACCCCAUAAAAGCUGUAAAUAUUGUAGAAUUGGACAUUUCUAUGUGAGAAACUAAUUUUAAGCAGUAGGAAGAAGAAAGCGUGAUGAGAUGAAAUGACGUCUGUACAUGUGAGUUUUGCAUGUUCCCUUUAAUGUAACAUGAAUAAAAGCUCAUUUUAUUUAA